AUGGAAAUUCUAUUACUUUAUGCGGAUGAUAUUAUCCUGGUUGCUUCUUCAAGUCAGUUGAGUUCUACAAUCAUUGAGUUUCUUCAAAAGGUAUACCCAAUGAAGGAUUUAGGCAAUCUUCACUACUCCAUAGGUAUUGAAGCUACUUUUCUGGAUGAUUCACAGAAAUUACUUCUUACUCAAAAUAAAUACACAAUUGAUAUGCUUCAUUGUAAACCACCUAAAACUCCAGUUCUUCAUGGUCCAAGACUUUCAUUAUCUACAGGAGUUCCUCUUACUGAUGUGACUGGUUAUAGAAGUGUGGUGGGAGGAUUGCAAUAUCUGACUAUGACUACACCAAAUAUUUGUUUUGCAGUUACAUAUGUAUCUCAAUUCAUGCAUGCAACCACAUCUGAACAUCUAUUGCUUGUUAAGAGGAUAUUCAGAUACUUAAAGGGCACUAUAGAUUGGGCAGGGUGUCCUGAUACCAGGAGGUCAACUUCAGGGUUUUGUACAUUUUUGGGUUCUUCUAUUAUUUCUUGGUCUUCCAAGAAACAACCUACAAUCUCUAGAUCAUCAGCUGAAGUAGAAUACAAAUCCAUGGUUGUUGUUGCUGCUGAAGUUGUUUGGAUCUCUUUCUUGCUUCAUGAACUUGAACAAGUGGAUGAUGUUUUUACAAAGGGUCUCACUCAUCCUAUGUUUCUUUCUCUUGUUAUCAAGCUUUUAUGUUUUCAACAGUAUAAGCUUGAGGGGGACUGUGAGAAUGAGUAA